GAUUAGCAAAAUCAAAUGAAUAUUCAAUACACGGUGACGGUUGCUGCUAGUACUAAACCUAACUAAAAAUCUGUAUUCUUGUUAAUUCAAUUUAUCUCGUAGGAUAUACUCAUAUAAAAAGUACGAAAAUUAUUUAGUUUCCACACGGAGGCGAUUUAUGAAUGGUAUUGAGAAUGAAAAUCGUGGAAUGACUUUCACCGGAUACAUCGAUAAUUUGAUUAUAUGAAACAAAGGCCACUCGACACUAUUAUCCCAUCCGUGAUUACGUUGCGCCGGGAGCAGCUAGCUCGGGUUAGUCGCCGCGGGGACUCCAAAGCGGUAAAUACGGAGUCGCAAAUUCUGCUCCAAAUAAUUUAUUGUUACGAUUUCGAUUUGAAAAUGGUGCAGCAAGAUUUAACUUAGGUCUACGGCCUAUGGGGGGAAUGGCUCUCUGGAGCUCAUUGGUGUGAGUUCUGAGUGAGAUAGGUAACUGGGUUAGUGUAGUGUUGUGAAGUGUCUAGUCAUUAGUGAGUGAGGCCCAGGCCGGAAUGCCCUCCGUGAUGUUGUCAGCAGUGCUUGAAGAGGAGGCUGAUUUGUAUGAAGCUUUUCCUCCUCAUGUUGACCCAUCAGGGAUUACAAUUUUAACUGAUAGCCCUCCAGGCAAGAAAGCACCCCUCAAGACAUACGAAGAGAUCCAACCGCUCAUCCAACAGAGCCGCAAGCGAGACCUCAAGCUCAUCAUUAGAGAGAACUCCUGGCCCAUCAACAGCCCUAUCCGGGCCUCACUUUGGCCAGCCCUCUGCCGACAACAUCAACAUGGAAAAUCCAUGCUCGACGGCUUUUAUUGGGAUAUGGUUACGCAGGUGUUCGGAACCGUGGAGCUCCCAGACAAGCCGAUCAUGUUGCCGCCUUUUGUGGAGGCGACACACUGUCUCGGCUACCACCUGACUCGUAAAGGCAGAGCAGUCGCUGAUCGCGUGGUAUCUGUCCUUGGCUACGCCUGCCCCGACAUCACCUACAGCCCCAGCCUUUACCCCAUCACCGCAGCACUGUUACACUUUAUGCCUGAGGAAGAAUGCUACCACUGCAUGGCGAGCUUGGUCGCAUCGAAGGAGAAGAUGUUCAUCACUCAGACGAAACUACUUAAUGAGGUCACAUGGAAAACUGUCAUGCAAAUCGCUAAGAAACAUGCCAAGUCGGCCGCGCAACAUCUCUUAAGGCUGUCGGGCGCCAUCGGGCCGGAAAGGAUCUAUGCAGACUGGCAGUGGUGGAUACUGGCAGCACUGCCUUUUCCUCAUCUCGUCAGAGUGCUGGAUUGCUACUUCCAUGAGGGGCUGAAGGUGUUUUAUAGAGUGGCACUAGCGAUCUUGAUACUCUUCCACAAACACAGCACCAAUCAGAACUCGGAAUGGUAUGCUGAAGCGACGAAGAAUGGCGUUGACCACGCCAUCGAUAAAUUUUGUAGGAACAUGCCAGCCUCUCCUACCAAGCUUUUGCGUACUGCUUUUAGUAUUAGAGCGCUGAGUUCGCAGUACAUAUCCAGGGUGUUUAUCAAGACGGAAAUGACGCUGAAGUCGAAGCAGGUCAUCACGGGAAAUCGACUUGUCCGGUCACGAUCAUCGGAUAAUCUUCCCACCAGUCAAUCACAGGUCAAUAUCCAGAUGAUGUCGCACACCCUAACUAUACGCGAGAAAAUGUCUGAGGAAACGUGCAAACAGAUGGGCUCACAUUCGCCGGGCCCGCGCGCCCUUUCGAUGGGCGUUUACCCAAUACAAGCGAUCAAGUCGCAGAUUCUAGACCACAGUGAACUAUUCACACUGUGGUCAUGGCUGCCUGUCCGUAUAACGAUGUACCAGCCUGUGCUGUUAUACACCACUGAGGAGCAUGGAUGCUCACUGACCACUUUCUAUGUGAGGGUUGAACAUCAUGAACCAACACUGCUGAUGAUCAAGACAUGUAACAACGAGGUAUUUGGUGCGUACUGCUCGACGAGAUGGUUCGAGAGAAAUCAGAAGGACGAAAGAGGAAACAGACAGGCCUACUUUGGAACUGGCGAGACUUUCCUAUUCAGCCUUUACCCUGAGCGCGCAAAAUACCCUUGGGUUGGGUGUUCAGCCGGAGAUGGCAAGGAAGACCAACGAGUAGCUCACGGCUCCGAACUUUUUAUGGCGGCAGACUCGAAAAUGAUCACCAUAGGCGGAGGAGACGGUCAAGCUAUAUGGAUGGAUGAAAACAUCAGAUACGGCAAGACGGAUCGCUGCUCUACCUUCAACAACCCUCCACUCUGCCCCUCGGGAGACUUCGAGAUCCGCGUUUUGGAAGUGUACGGCUUUGCGGGCGCGUAAGGACAACGGUCCUGAAGGAGUAACGUAAUCUCGAUUGUUCAUUGAGUGAUAGUGUUUGUAAAUUCGAUGUACUUUUUGGCAAUGCCGGUCGAGGUCGUCAAUAGAUUUCAUGUUUGUUAGACAUUUUGAGCGUUAUUUCAGUAUUGGAUCGGCUCGAAAUGCGAUUUAUUGAUCACCCCUUGCCGCCUAACAGACUGUGUAGAUGUAUUCCUAUUUAUUGUACCCCGUAGUUAUCGCAACACAGCUGUCCGAACAAGACAACGAAACGGGGACUCUAGGUUGUUUCUUUAGACGUAUGUAAGUACAAAACGUAUGUAUCGUACCUACUCGGAUGUAUUACGCUUAUUGUAAAGCAAUAUUUGUUGGGCCUAGUCGUGGGAUUGUGAACUGAACAUUCCAGUGAAAAUAAGGUCCGCUAAGCAUGUGUACCGCGUGGUUUAAUUGGCAACGACAGUAUUUAAUAAAUUAUCGCUUAAGGCUUUUUAGGCGUGACUCUUUGCUCACAAAAUGUACCAAAGAUGUUUAUUGUUGUCUGUUAGCGAAUGUUUUGAGGUAAAUUUCUAACGUUGAUUCACGCACAAAUCACUGUAUUUGGUCAAACAUAUCGUUGAAGCUUGUAGAUUUUAUCAAUAUAUUAUAAUGGCAUUAGUAGCUACAUUCGCAUAACAGACUCGGGACUGCUGUAAGAGAAAUGCGAUUUAAUAAGUAUUAUGGUUUCUGGUUAAAUCAACACUUUACGGUAGUUCUUUAUAACAGUUCCAAAUUAAUUGAAAGUAUUAUUGGGUCUGUGUUGGUGAGAAAAGUGCCAAAAACGGACCAACGGAGUAACGUGGCCGGUUUGGUAUUGUCGCUAUUCGCAUGUUUUACACGAGCUGUGUAAUGUUAAAUUUAAAAUAAAUUUUGACAUAUAUUGAGUGUAUUUUCGCCAAAGGUUCGUCGAAAUUUUUCCAGUUUUAUAAUAUUACUUAACGUAAUUAAAAGUGUUUAGAGGACAAACUAUAAAUUCUAUUACAUAUCCCUGUCAGUACAAAGGGGUUGCGUUCAUAUGGCCCGCGGCUUGUCUACGAAUCUGUAAAUAUUGUUGUCUUAUUAUUUUUUAUUUAUUAUGAUCUAUAAAAUGGCAGUCGUAAUAAAGACGGUAGGGUAGGAGAGCCGGGUGUUGCCAUGCCUUGGGCAUGUUUGAAGCCUAAGACUUGUUUUUAAAUUCAGAUUAUUUAUGUAAUUUAUUGUAGGUAACGAGUAAUGAUUAAUUGUAUAUUAAUUUCUGCGUUUGCGAAACGUGAUCGGUCACAGUUCGCGUCAGGGAAAUUAUUGUUUCGCUCAAUUGUUUGAGUUUAUGGCGACAUUGUUUGCCGUGGAGACGCGGUUUAUUGCUGUUAGCUAUUUGUCGUUAAUCAGUGUAAAGUCUAGUCUUUAUCCUGUUUUUAUUCUAUAUCGAUAUGUCUAUUUACGAAUUGAUAUUUAAAAUUGUGCGUUUUGCUCCGUUCGGGAGGCACGUAGGCUCGUGGUUAGUUAGAUUAAGUACAUGUAAAGUAUAAAGUUAUUCGUUCUCCCUUUCAGUAUUGUGAUGUUGAAUGUUCGAGCUGAGUGAAUGUUAGUGCGCUGUUACGAAUUACGUACUGUUACAUUCGAAUAGUUUAUACUCCGCUAAAUGGCGACGGUAGAACUCGUUUAUUGUAAUGUGAAUGUUGCUUUAUGUCUACAAAAUAUAUAAUCCCAUACAUA